AAACCGCCAUAGCAGCAACACGAACCAGCAACCAUGGUGAAGGCGUACCUUAGGUACGAGCCAGCGGCUGCUUUUGGCGUUAUCGUCUCCGUCGAUUCCAAUAUCACAUAUGAUAGCUCGCGGAAGCACCUGCUAGCUCCGGCGCUCGAGAAGCUCGGCGUCUGGUACGUCCGGCAAGGAGGCUGCGUCCAAACCCUAACCCCUUAUCCGUCCUCGUGUGGCCCCUCUCUUGCUGUAGGUCCCAGCACUGAAAUCGAUUCCAGAAUGUUCACCCUGAAGAUGUAUUUCAAAGUCAAACCAGUAGAGGCAAACAAACCUCAAACUGCCGCAGCAGCUCCAUGCUCCACCACCUCCACCUCAUCCUCCACAAGGGCUCCAAGUACCCCUAGAGUCCCCACCAAGCACAAACUCCAGUUAUUAGCUCUCGACUGUCGCCUCCUGUUGGCACCCCAUCGCCUCCACCCCGUUUCACAAUGGCAAAUUUGGCUGCUAGGCUUAUAACAAUUCCUCCUCAAGCUGCAGAUGUAUUUCAAAGUCAAACCUCCAGAGGCAAAUAAACCUCAGACCACCCC